GCUAAUCGCGGCCCGCCGCAGGGGUCAAGGUGGGGACCCUUCGAAAUAUUGGCGACAUCAUACCUGUGGGACACAACUCUUUCACGCGACUUGACCUUUUGGACGAAACCCCUCUUUACAGUCGACCGAAAAAACACUUGCCCAAUAUGCCGCCCAAGAACACACUCGCCGACGCCUGGGACGACGAUUGGGAAUCGCUCGCUGAUAAAGAAGACGAGAAACCUGUAGAAGAGCAGCCAAAGCCGAAACUCACAAAAGCGCAGCUCAAGGCUCAGCAUGCUGAACUCAACAAGCAGCUCUGGCAGGCCGCCGAGAACCCAGAGCCUCAAUGGUACCCUGAAGUCCGCCCUGCUCCUGUAGCAGCAACUUUCAAACCAAAAGUCACGAUGCUUGCGCGCAAACCCACCCCUCAAGUCCUCUCCCGCAAUAUGGCUGGCAUGAGCCUUGAUGACGAUGACAGCGAAGAAGAGCGACGGAAGAAGGCAGCAGCAGAUUUCGAAGAGCGCAAAGCACGUGCGCAGAAGGAGCGGGCGGAGAAGGAGCGCAAGUACGCAGAAGCACGAGAGCGCAUCUUUGGCUCACCAGCUGCUUCCGCCGCAGAGGACUCGCGCAGCAACUCUCCCAACAAGGCUACACGGGGCAAGGGACGCGGACGCGGUGGGAGGGACAGUCAACCAAGGUCGAGCAAUGAGCAAUCUCCAGCACGAACGGCAGCUCCUGCGCGCCAGCUCUUCGACCCUACAUAUACUCCAAAGCCUGGCUCCGUAUUUAUACAGAAGAAGGAAUCCGGAAUCAGUCGCCCAUCAACGCCAAACACACAAGAGAAGCCCGUUCGUCAACCCCAAGGACCUGCAAGAGGUGGCGGACGCGGCUUUGCACCAAGGGGGGGCUAUGGUGCUCAGGCAGGUCCGUCAACAUGAGCUUGCCGAGGUUCCUGUCAUACCGACAGACCUUCUACGCACCAAUCUCUUCGGGCGUGUAUGGUAUUCCGGAUCUGUACUGGCAAGCAA